AUGAGGCUGACAGAGGAGGCUGACCUGAGAGACCGAGAGGAAGUGAUAAUGAGGAGAAGGUCAGACAGAUAUGAAGGCGCAAGUAUUGGGCUCCAUGUGGGUCUAGUCUUGGUGGAAAACCAGGCUUUGAUUUCCUGUAAACAGUCACAGAGGCAAGAGAAUGGAGAGGUAGCACUGGAUAUCGUCAGUAUAGCUGUAGAAAUUGAUGUUAAAUUUGUGAAGGGAAGGACCAAGGGGAAGCUAAAUUAUGAACAAGAUCGGCCCAAGAGCAGAGCCCUGACGAACACCAGAGGAGACUGGAGAAAGCCUUCUAGCCGCCUCACCAGUUUGGGUCUGGCCCUGCUCUGUUUGGCUGGUGACUACUCCUCCAUCCUGGGCCUGCACUGCCUGCUCUGCCUGGCUGGUAGCUACUCCUCCAUCCUGGGCCUGCACUGCCUGCUCUGCCUGGCUGGUAGCUACUCCUCCAUCCUGGGCCUGCACUGCCUACUCUGCCUGGCUGGUAGCUACUCCUCCAUCCUGGGCCUGCACUGCCUACUCUGCCUGGCUGGUGACUACUCCUCCAUCCUGGGCCUGCACUGCCUGCUCUACCUGGCUGGUAGCUACUCCUCCAUCCUGGGCCUGCACUGCCUGCUCUACCUGGCUGGUAGCUACUCCUCCAUCCUGGGCCUGCACUGCCUGCUCUGCCUGGCUGGUAGCUACUCCUCCAUCCUGGGCCUGCACUGCCUGCUCUACCUGGCUGGUAGCUACUCCUCCAUCCUGGGCCUGCACUGCCUACUCUGCCUGGCUGGUAGCUACUCCUCCAUCCUGGGCCUGCACUGCCUACUCUGCCUGGCUGGUGACUACUCCUCCAUCCUGGGCCUGCACUGCCUGCUCUGCCUGGCUGGUAGCUACUCCUCCAUCCUGGGCCUGCACUGCCUGCUCUGUCUGGCUGGUAGCUACUCCUCCAUCCUGGGCCUGCACUGCCUGCUCUGCCUGGCUGGUAGCUACUCCUCCAUCCUGGGCCUGCACUGCCUACUCUGCCUGGCUGGUGACUACUCCUCCAUCCUGGGCCUGCACUGCCUGCUCUGCCUGGCUGGUAGCUACUCCUCCAUCCUGGGCCUGCACUGCCUGCUCUGCCUGGCUGGUAGCUACUCCUCCAUCCUGGGCCUGCACUGCCUACUCUGCCUGGCUGGUGACUACUCCUCCAUCCUGGGCCUGCACUGCCUGCUCUGCCUGGCUGGUAGUUACUCCUCCAUCCUGGGCCUGCACUGCCUACUCUGCCUGGCUGGUAGUUACUCCUCCAUCCUGGGCCUGCACUGCCUACUCUGCCUGGCUGGUAGUUACUCCUCCAUCCUGGGCCUGCACUGCCUACUCUGCCUGGCUGGUAGCUACUCCUCCAUCCUGGGCCUGCACUGCUUGGCUACUACCUGCUUCUCCAAUCCUGCACUUGAUCUGCUAGCAAACUGCAUUUUUCACCAUACUAAACACGCAGCUUUCAACUGGUUGAUGCGACAUAUGAUCAUAACAAAUCAACUGCUCCAAUGUACAGAAUACCAGUUUCAAAAUGUAAAAAUAUGUUUGUUUCAAAACGUUUGGUCAUAAAUCAACUUCUUAGUCUUUCAAUGUUGCAUGAUUAUUUUUCACUGAAUGAAACCUCUAUUAUGUUACUUUCGAUUGAAGUCUCGUCCAAAAAUGUUAAAUCUCAUACUUUCGGAAAACAAA